UUAUAUAAAAAUAAAGAAGAUAUACUUGUUGUAAAAAGAUUUAAAUUGCCAGUUGCAGAAGGGGAAGAAGAAGCCGAUUCCAUUUUAGAAAUGGAACCCUUUGAAGGCUUCGAUGACGACAAUGGUGACCCCGACGAUGGUGACACGACAAUCACUGAAGACGAAGAAGCAGUUGCGCUCCGGCAGCAAACAAAUUUGGCAGGUCAAUGGCAAAGUUGCCGUGAGCGCAGAGCCCCAGGCAAGUUAACAUAUAAUACUUAUUUUGAUCAGAUAAAUCUGUCCAAAGUAAUUCUUUCAGCUGAACCUGCUUGUUUUAAUGAAAUUGAGUUGAGGCCCGAUAGACUACAUUGGAUGAAAGCAAUUGAAGAGGAGCUUAUGUCUGUCAAAAAGAACAAUACUUUUGUGCUAGUAAAGAAACAACCAGAAAUGAAAGUCAUCACUUGUCGGUGGGUUUUUAAAUUAAAAACCGAUAAUAAUGGUCAACCUAGUAGGUAUAGUAGCUCGUGGAUGUCGACAAGACUACGGUAUCGAUUAUCAACAUACUUACGCACCAGUUGCCAGAAUUGCCACUAUACGUACCGUCCUAGCAGUAGCAAUACAAAAAGGCUACAAAAUUUGCCAAAUGGAUGUUAAAACUGCUUUUCUCAAUGGUGAUUUAAAUGAAACGAUUUAUAUAACGGUCCCUGAUGGUAUGGAAGUGAAAAAGGGAAUGGUGUGCAAGUUGAAUAAAGCUCUAUAUGGCUUGAAACAGUCUCAUUUGUGUUGGUACAGGAAGUUAUAUGAUGCUACAAUAAAAAUGGGUUUCACCAGAUCGCAACACGAUUAUUGUGUUUACGUGAGAAACCAAAAUAAGUAUGUUAUAUUUAUGGUACUGUACGUCGAUGACUUACUGCUUGU